AUGUCUCAAGAUUACGUUAUUAAACCAGAAUCAGUUGCUCCAUCUUCUGAAACCAGCGAAUGGCCUCUACUAUUAAAAAACUACGAUAAGUUAUUGGUCAGAAGCGGCCAUUACACACCAAUUCCUUCAGGUAGUGCUCCUUUGAAGAGAGAUUUGAAAUCUUACAUCAGUUCCGGUGUGAUCAACUUGGACAAACCAUCCAACCCAUCUUCUCAUGAAGUUGUUGCUUGGAUUAAGCGUAUUCUACGUUGUGAAAAAACUGGUCACUCUGGUACUUUAGAUCCUAAAGUUACGGGUUGUUUGAUCGUUUGUGUUGACAGGGCCACUAGAUUGGUCAAAUCUCAACAAGGUGCUGGUAAGGAGUAUGUAUGUAUUGUCAGAUUACAUGAUGCCUUAAAGGAUGAAAAAGAGUUGGGUCGUGGUUUAGAAAACUUGACUGGUGCUUUAUUCCAAAGACCACCUUUAAUUUCUGCUGUUAAGCGUCAAUUGCGUGUUCGUACAAUUUAUGAUUCUAAUUUAAUAGAAUUUGACAACAAGAGAAACUUAGGUGUUUUCUGGGCUUCUUGUGAAGCUGGUACUUACAUGCGUACAUUAUGUGUUCAUUUAGGUAUGCUACUAGGUGUCGGUGGUCACAUGCAAGAAUUACGUCGUGUUAGAUCGGGUGCUUUAGGUGAAAGUGAUAACAUGGUCACUUUACAUGAUGUUAUGGACGCUCAAUGGGUUUAUGACAAUACUAGAGAUGAAUCUUACUUAAGAAAAAUUAUUCAACCACUAGAAACUUUAUUGGUUGGUUACAAGAGAAUUGUUGUUAAAGAUUCUGCUGUUAACGCUGUUUGUUAUGGUGCUAAAUUAAUGAUUCCAGGUUUAUUACGUUACGAAGAAGGUAUCGAAUUAUACGAUGAAGUUGUUUUAAUGACCACCAAAGGUGAAGCCAUUGCUGUUGCCAUUGCCCAAAUGUCUACUGUUGAUUUAGCUUCUUGCGACCAUGGUGUUGUUGCUACAGUUAAGAGAUGUAUCAUGGAAAGAGAUCUAUACCCAAGAAGAUGGGGUUUAGGUCCAAUUGCUCAAAAGAAGAAGCAAAUGAAGGCUGAUGGUAAACUAGAUAAGUUCGGUCGUGUUAACGAAAACACCCCAGCUGAAUGGAAAAAAGAAUAUGUCCCAUUAGAUAAGUCCGAAGGUGCCUCUACCUCAACAGAAACUGUCAAAGAAGAGAAACCUUUAAUCAAGGAAGUUGAAAAGAAGGAAGUGAAGAAGGAAGAAAAAAAGGAAGAAAAGAAGGAAGAUAAGAAAGAGAAGAAGGAGAAGAAGGAGAAGAAGGAGAAGAAGGAGAAGAAGGAGAAGAAGGAGAAGAAAGAAAAGAAGGAGAAGAAGGAAAAGAAGAGAAAGGCAGAAGAUAAUAGUGAGAAUGAUGACAAGAAGAAGAAGAAGUCAGAAUAG